AUGUUGUUCAUCGAUGCUUAUGACUCCUUUUCAAACAACAUAACCUCUCUGCUGGCUACUCUCUUGGACGUCGAGGUUCACAUCCUCCCCAUCGACACCGCCAUUUCCAAGGAUGAAUUCCGCCACGAGCUCUCGCACUAUGAAGCUGUGGUGUGUGGACCAGGACCAGGGUCGCCUCAAAAUGAGGCCGACGUGGGCUUGAUGAAAUGGCUCUGGGAGCUGCCCGACUAUGAGCUGGUGCCGGUGCUGGGGGUGUGCCUCGGCUUUCAGAGCCUGGUGCUCUCCUGUGGCGGCAAAGUGCGAAGGCUAAGGAGGGGACUGCACGGGAUGGUUAGGAGGAUCGAGCACCGCUCGGCAGCAGAAGAUCUGCGAGGUGACAACAUAUUCGACGGUGUUGGUGACUUCGACGCGACGCUAUAUCACAGCCUCUGUGCCGACGUGGGGCAGGACACCGUGAAGGACUGGCAAGACCGGAAGUGGGAUCAACCCGAGGGUCUUUCCAACAUUGCCCCUCUCGCCUGGGUGGAAGAGGACAGGGAAGAUGGUCAGGAUAAGGAGAGAGUCUUGAUGGCUAUGAAGCAUCAGCAAAGGCCAUUUUGGGGGUUACAAUAUCACCCCGAGUCUGUCUGCACGGAGGCAGCAGGGAACCGGGUAAUCCGCAACUGGUUCGCGCAGGCCUUGCGGUGGAACAGGGAGAACAGAGUGGCCACCAACCUGGAAAAACACAGCAUCCUGGCGAGGAAAGCCUUCAAACCCAGUCUUAUUCAGCAAGUCGCCGCCCUCGAGUCAGACAGAGAACUUGGAAGAGAUGCCUGGGAGUCACUGCUCUACGACAGCGAUCGGAAGGUUCAGUACAAGUCCACCAGCAUCGAUAUUCCGCCAGAAACAGGAGUAGAAGUCCCCGAUAUCGUGGAGGUGUUGGGGUCUACUGGCACGAGCCACGUCAUACUUGACUCCGCGAACGGCGAUCAGCCCAGGUCGAAAACGGGCGUGGACGUCCGUGGAAGAUUCAGCAUCAUCGCUCUCGAAGUCGACGAGUGUGUGCGUAUCGAAAGUCACACAGGAGACAAUUUCAUGAGCGUCGUUUCUCCGGGACAGCCCUCGCACAAAGUAUCGUUUCAGCCCGGGGAAAACGUGUGGCACCUUUUGGCCGAGUUUCAUGGGCGCAAGCGGUCGUCUUUGGAAACACUUGGUGACAGUGUUCCACAUGAAAGAGACGUGCCAUUCCUGGGCGGAUUUGUCGGCUAUGUUACCUACGAGCAAGGGCUCAGCAGUAUUGGGAUAGCGCUGGGUCAGGAGAGAGGACACCGUAGACCGGAUGUGUGUCUGGCCUGGGCCACGAAAUCAAUCGUGCUGGACCAUGAGGAGAGAGUCCUACACAUCCAGGACUUGGAAGGCGACACACGAUGGAUCAACUCGGUGGCGGCGAAGUUGGAUGGCUCUAACCUGUGGCAGCAUGGUCCUCGUACGGAGUCGAGGAAAGGAGCCAAGCUGCCGCCUGCGCUGGAGACUCAGAUACGAAAACCAGAACAGGCCAAAUACGAGGCCAAAGUGCGCAUGUGCCAGGAGUACAUUGCGGCAGGCGACUCGUAUGAGUUGUGCCUGACUGACCAGACUCACAUCACGAGGACCGCGACGGCCGAGACGAAGGUUCACCGCACGGAGCAGUGUGCUACACUCUCUCAACGAUCGGGCCCAAGUGCUCGGAAGACUGAUCCGCGGUCGGACACGUCAUGGGAUCUCUACCGCACGCUGAGGAAGCGCAACCCGGCACCAUUCGCCUCAUACAUCCGCCUCGGGGGCGCGACGCUCGUCAGUUCCUCACCAGAACGCUUCCUGCAAUAUGGUCGCUCCGGCCUAUGCUCCAUGAAACCCAUGAAAGGCACCGUCAGGAAAUCAUCAGAACCCGCGGAAGGAUGCGCAACGAGCCUCAAGGAGGCGGAAGAAAUUCUGCACGUUCCGAAAGAGGAAGCUGAGAAUUUGAUGAUCGUGGACCUGGUCAGACAUGACAUGCAUGGAGUCUGUGGAGCAGGCCAGGUGUGGGUGCCAGAACUACUCAAAGUCGAGGAGUACCAGACGGUCUACCAGAUGAUUACGGUGGUCGAGGGACAGCUUCCACACCCGGACAAGUGGAAUCCUCACGGGCGCUAUUCGGGACUCGACGUGCUCUCGGCAAGCCUGCCACCCGGAAGCAUGACAGGCGCACCGAAGAAGAGAAGCUGUGAGAUCCUACAGCAAAUCGAGGGAGACAAGGAAAGAAGCCUCUACUCCGGCGUGGUCGGUUACAUGUGCGUCUCCGGCAGAGGCGACUGGAGUGUCACUAUUAGAAGCAUGUUUCGCUGGGACGACGAGUGCCAGAAAGGAGAAAGGGAUGGAGAAGAGAAGGAGACUUGGCACAUUGGUGCUGGUGGCGCAGUGACUAUUCUAAGUACUCCUGAAGGGGAAAGGGAGGAAAUGUUCUUGAAGCUCGCGCGGCCAUUGAGCAUUUUCGGCCAAACUUCUUGA